GUGUGUGUGUGUGACCCUGGAAUGCGGCUACGGAAGCUGAUUCCCGGCGACAGACAGGCGGAGUGUCCGGUGGUUGGUUUUGGAGAAAGGGAGGAAUCUAACUCCACCCUCCUGCCCGGACAGAGAGGAACCGUGUUAUUCACCCAAAAACAUAAAAACACACACGAGCUUCUCAUGUCCUCGGACACGGUGGGAUGUGUGGACCCUGAGGAGUGUGUUCGGGUGUGUGGGGCUGAGGUGGGAUGCUCCAACAUCGCCUUCCCCAAACUGGUCAUUGAACUGAUGCCAAGUGGCCUGCGGGGGCUCAUGAUAGCGGUGAUGAUGGCGGCUCUGAUGAGUUCAUUGACCUCCAUCUUCAACAGCAGCUCCACGCUCUUCACCAUGGACAUCUGGAAGAAAUAUCGGUCCCGGGCCUCAGAGAAAGAGCUGCUACUGGUCGGCAGGAUUGUGACGGUGAUCUUGGUGGUGGUGAGCGUGGUGUGGAUCCCCAUCCUGCAGUCGGCCAACAGCGGCCAGCUGUAUGUUUACAUCCAGUCUGUGACGAGCUACCUGGCUCCGCCCGUCACUGCUGUGUUCACUCUGGCUGUCUUCUGGAAAAGGACCAAUGAGCAGGGUGCAUUCUGGGGCCUGAUGGUGGGAUUGGUGGUGGGUGUGUGCAGGAUGGUGCUGGAGUUUGCUUUCCCUCCUCCUAGAUGUGGCGUCGUGGAUUCUGCCCCUGCAGUGCUGCGCAGCGUCCACUACCUCCACUUCGCCAUCCUGCUCUGUGGCCUCACCGCUAUCGUGGUUACUAUAGUAUCGCUGCUCACACCGCCGCCAACCCCGGAACAGUUGUGUAACCUGACCUGGUGGACGAUAACUGAGGAGCCACAAAGAGAAAUUCCUCUUCAGAAGGUUUCUUCUGUCAGCCACCGUAGCUCCCAGGGCUCCGAGUCAGCUCUGCGGGUGACGUGCGGUCAGAGGGUGCAGAGAUUGUGCAUCUCAGCAGUGCGGCGGUCGGAGGAGGCUCCAGCCCCCAGAGUUCCCACUCUUAGGGAGAGUGUGUUCUGGUCGAGGUUCUGCUGUGCUAACGCGCUGCUGCUGAUCAGCAUUAACAUCUUUCUCUAUGCGUACUUUGCCUGAGUGGAUAAUUUCCCAUCUAACAUCCUGCAGGUCCGUCCAACACAAACUUAAAAACUCUGCUCGUCUGCCAAAAACAACUGAAUUCUCCAGAUACAAGAAAGUGGAGAAACAAACAGGUUUUAUUGAAGCAGUUGUAGUUUCAGGUGCUGUAAAACAUCCAUAUUUUAAAAUAGCCAAUUCCUCACAAACCUGAUAGCUGAUAGUUUCCUGAUAGCAAAUAUUGAGACAUUCUUUUAUCUACAUCUGGUUCCACAUCUGGUGUCAAAUUACACAAAGGGAUUGCCAAUAAUAGAAGACACAUGUCAGACAUUUUCUUUUAAGUAAGUGGAAAAAGUCAAAAAUGCACCGUAUCACAAUGUUUUGAGCAGCUCAAUGUUGUCUGAUAAUAUCCUCUUAUUAUAUAUUAUAUAUUCUGUAUAUUUACAGAUGUGCUUUCAUGUUAUGGUUAAUAUUCAACUUCUGCCCCACUAUAAAAUAUUUGUUCCUAAAACUUAAAUCAUGUUAUAAACUAUAAAAUACUGUGAAGCUCGUGCCAAGCUAACAUCACUGCACGUCCUCGACAAGGAAAUAUAAGCAGAAUACAUUUAUGUGUUUUAGGUUGAAUGUGACUCUCAUAUUUCAAUUUUCCUUAUUAAUUCGUGUGAAUAUUGCUAACUAUACAUUUAUGUUGCUGGCCCCAUUUCUUUCGUGUAAGGUUUUGUGAACGUUUAGCUGUCGCACUAGUGUUCUUUCAUAAUAUUUAACUUUUAUAUUAAUAUAAAUCAGCCUUUUCUUUAUCCUGUCCUCAAAAAGACCGGUGUCAAUGAUUUAACUGUUUUCAAAAGGGCAAUUUGAAUCCAGAUGCAACCAAAUUAUAUUUAAAUAAUUAAAGAUUUUACAUUUUUUAUUAUUACAAAUCGGUUAAUCAAUUCUGAAAAGUGCCUAAUGCCCUGGUCUUCUGACUGACACUAACCUCAAGGCUGAGAAUCUCUAAUAUUGUGUUAAUGUUGUAAAUUUGUAUUGGUUAAAUCCUUGAAGAAGUAUUAAGAAGUACAAAGUGCUGGAUUGUGAAAAACUCCUGUCAAUUAAAAAGACAGGAACUUGUUAAUCAAAUGUUUUCUUCUCGUGAUAUCUCUAAUAAAUCUGAAGAUGCAUCCGAGCUGCCCAUGUUUGUCCACAAACGCAAAUUACAGUAUCAGAUAAUAUCACUCUUUAUUUGGCUUCUUUACAUUUAGUGGGGAGGAGUUUGGCGGCAUGAACAAUAUGGUAAAACCAGUCAGAUUUCAGGGCAGGCUGUGUGUGAACAGGAGGAAAUUAGGUCCCAGGAAAGCUGCUGAGGUUCAUUCAGGGCUACGA